AUGUCCAAUAGGGCUGCCAAAACGGAUAAAGCGGAACCAGCAACAGUGCUUACGAACGUUGCUCGUAUCUGCGAUCCAGAGCACAGAGAGAACAGCUUUGUUAACGAGAGCAAUGGUGUUGAUGCCACUAAGAGCAUCGAAAUGAAGGCAAACACUACAGUGAAAACAAAAAGAACUGGUAGAAUUGCAGGCAACCAGAAUGGACCUAACAUAUGUGCUGCAACUAAGGUCAAAACCGUGAGUGUUGCCAAGCCAACGUAA